AUGGAUGUUGUAUUGGGUUUUUUAGAGGAACCAAUUAAUAAAGAUGAAUUAACAAGUAAUUAUUUCCCAAAUAAAAUUGGUGGUAAACCAGCAUGGUUAGAUUUAGGUAAUAUACCAAAAAGAGAGGAGUUAUUAUGUGAAAAAUGUUCAAAACAAAUGUCAUUUUUAUUACAAAUUUAUGCACCAUGGGAUGAAAAGAAAGAGUGCCAUCAUCGUUCAGUAUUUAUAUUUUGUUGUCAAAAUGGUGGUUGUAAUUAUUAUAAAGCAAUUAGAUCACAACUUGAACAAGUUAACGAAUACUAUCCAGAGGAUGCAGAAGAAAGAAAAUAUGAGGAAGGUUAUAGUAUCAGCGAAGAGAAAUAUUUAGUAAAUAGACAAACCACAUGUGAGUUUUGUGGUUUACAUUCAAAAUCAAAAUGUGCAGGUUGUCAAAAAGUAAAUUAUUGUUGCAAAGAGCAUCAGCAAGCCGAUUGGGAUUUAGGACAUCGUGAACAAUGUAAAAUAUUAAAAGAGAAACCAGACACACCAUCAGAUAAAUUACCAAGUAAAAAACAAGUAGAUUUCCUUUUUAAAGAGUUUGAACUUAUAAACGAAACAAUGGAAUUACUUGAUUUCCCAAUGUAUCAUAAUUAUGGAUCAUCAAGUGGUGCCAGUGGUGCAGACCAAGAUGAUGAGGACGACGAGGAAGAGCAUGAAGAUGAUGAUGCAGAUGAUGUUGAAAUCGAUGAACAUGGAAAUGUUGUUAAGAUGAGCCAAUGUAAAGACUUAAUGAUCACCAAGGAAAUUACAACCAACGAUCCAGAUACAAUUAAAGACUUUGAAGAUUAUGUAGGCGAAACUGGUAAAAGUGGUGGCUUCAACGACGAAACCUUUUUAAAUAUCAAAGAUAAACAAUUACUUUACUUUAGACGUAUUUUAGCAAAGGACCAAGAUCAAGUAUUAAGAUAUUGCAGAGAUCCAAAUUACCCAAUUGUUUGGGUUUCAGAAACAGAUAAACAAAAUCCCCAAGAAGUUCCAUGUUGCGAAAAUUGUGGUGGUAAUCGUAAAUUUGAAUUCCAAAUUCUUCCUCCAUUACUUUAUUUCCUUGGUAUGGAUCAACAACUUAUGAGUACAAUAGACAUUGAUUUUGGUGUUUUAUCAAUUUAUACAUGCGAAAACUCUUGUAAAAAGAAUUCAACCUAUAAAAAUUCAUUAAUCAAUGAAUUUAUUUUUAAACAAGAUUUUAAAAAAUAA